AUUCUUAUAAAAACAUCAUAAAAAUGUUAACUAAACCCAUUUAAAUGAAGCUUUGUCACUUACUAUUUAAAAAUACUUACUUAGCUCUUUUUAACUUCCAGAUAUGCACCUCACACGGAAUUCGAUGUGGACUCCUCACCGGUGAUUUAAAACUCCGUUCCAGACCUUUAUCCAUCAACCACCAUCAUGCUCCGAUAGAAAUCAACAUCAAUACGGAUAAACUAAAAGUGCCUUUACCUUCUCUUUCUCUACCUAAGCCUGCCAAACCUCCUCCCUUAUCAGAUAUCUUCAAAACUUCACUGUUAUCAAAAUCUUCAAUAACUAAGCUACCUUCAAUAUCUAAAUUGCCUAAAAUAUCAUCUUUACCUAAACCACGACUGUCUAUUCUUCCCCCCUUAUCACCUUUGUCAAAAUUACGCUCACCAUUGCUCCCGUCUUUCCUUCCGCAACCACUGUUACCUAUAAUACCUCCGAUAAUACCGCAUUUACCUCUUUUGCCUCCUAUAAUACCGCCUUUACCUCUUUUACCUGUCAUACCUCCAAUAAUACCUAGAAUACCUCGGGUUCCAUCUAUAGAUUUAUUGAGGCCUUUAAGAGUUCCUAUUUUGGGGAAAUCCCCUUUACAAAAGGCUUUAGGAUCGGAACUGAGUCCUGUUUCUGUUAAAAUAUCCGAAGGUAAAAAAGAUUUGGUGUUGAUGAAAUUGAGGAAAUUGUUGAAACAGGGAUCGCUGACCACAGCUGAGUUUAAUAGGUUUCGGAAAUUGUUAGUAAGUUAA